GGCGGAAGGGGCCGGGGCAGGGACGUGGCCGGGGCGCGGCUAUGGCGGCGGCGAAGCCCGGGGGAAGCACCGGCAGCAGCACCAACCUGCUCUUCUCCUCCUCCGCCACCGAGUUCAGCUUCAACGUGCCCUUCAUCCCCGUCAGCCAAGCGCCGGCCGCGCCGCCCGGCCCCGCGCUGCUGCCCGCCGAUGAUUCUGGGGACGUUGGGGAAGAGGACAGCUUCUUGGGUCAGACAUCAGCCAGCCCCAACCCACCACAGACUUUCAGCUACUUCUCUCAAGUUCCCAGCAGCAGUGAUCCCUUUGGGAAUAUUGGGCAGCCACCCUUAACAACUGUUUCAACCCCUGUCGGAGCACCAGCCUUCCCCAGACCUCCCACUUCACUUCCACUCGUGUCUGGCUCCCAGGAUGGGCAAAAUGCCUUUUCACCACAUAUUCCCAAAUCCCAGGCUUACAGUGCCCCACCCACUUCUCAGGUGGGAAUGGCCCCAUACCAGCCCCCUCAGCAGAGCUGUCCCCCUCCUGCCAGCACUGCCCUGCCCGUGGGGACCCCUCAGCAGCAGGGCUACAACCCCUACAGGCACACCACCCUGAGCAGCAGGGCCAACCCCUACCUCACCCCACCCCAGCUGCAGCAGAGCCACCCCCCUGCCACAGCGUCCCCUGUGCCACCCGUGCAGAUGUACCAGACACCCCCGGGGCCACUGACACAGUUCCCACCGUCCCAGUCCCAGCUCCAGCCUGCCAGGCCUGCAGGGCCCCUGGUCCCAGCCCCUCCUGUGCUGCUGCAGAACCAAUAUGAGCCAGUUCAGCCCCACUGGUUCUACUGUAAGGAGGUGGAGGACAAGCAAAUAUGGAUGCCAUUCAGCAUUCUGGAUUCUGCAAAACUAGAGGAGGUCUAUAAUUCUGUCCAGCCUGACCCCGAGAGCGUGGUGCUGAGCACGGACGGCGGGCGCUACGAUGUGUUCCUGUACGAGCGCCUGAGGAAAGCCGUGUACUGGGACGAGGAGCCCUCGGAAGUGCGGCGCUGCCUGUGGUUCUACAAGGGAGACAAGGACAGCCGCUUCAUCCCUUACACUGAGGACUUCAGUGACAAGCUGGAGGCAGAAUAUAAAAGGGCUGUAACUACAAAUCAAUGGCAUCGGCGACUUGAAUUUCCAAAUGGGGAGACAAUUGUUAUGCAUAAUCCCAAGGUCAUAGUUCAGUUCCAGCCUUCUACCACACCAGAUGAAUGGGGCACCUCUCAAGAUGGGCAGGCAAGGCCAAGGGUAGUGAAACGUGGAAUUGAUGAUGACCAUGAUGAGAUUCCUGAUGGAGAAAUGUCCCAAAUCGACCAUCUGGUAUUUAUGGUUCAUGGCAUAGGUCCUGUAUGUGACUUGAGGUUUAGAAGCAUUGUUGAAUGUGUUGAUGAUUUUAGGACUGUUUCUCUGAAGUUGUUGCAGACUCACUUUAAGAAGUAUUUGGAGGAAGGCAAAGUGAGCAGGGUGGAAUUCCUUCCAGUUCACUGGCACAGUUCUCUGCAUGGAGAUGCAGCAGGUGUAGACAGGAACAUAAAGAAAAUCACUUUGCCGAGCAUUGGUCGCCUGAGGCACUUCACCAACGAAACGCUGCUCGACAUCCUGUUCUACAACAGCCCCACCUACUGCCAGACCAUCGUGGAUAAAGUGGGCAUGGAAAUGAACCGCCUGUACGCGCUCUUCAUGAGCCGCAACCCCGACUUCAAAGGGGGAGUCUCUGUGGCUGGGCACAGCUUAGGUUCCUUAAUUCUGUUUGACAUAUUGUCUAACCAGAAGGACUUGGCUUCAUCAGUAAAUUCUGGAACAUUCUCUGGUGUUAAUGGGAAUGUGAAGGACAUGGCUGUUCAUGAUAAACAGAUGACUGAAGAUACCAGUUCCUUGGGCUCCUCCAUUGCUACUUCUGCUGAUGACCUUUGUGAGGCUGAAGCAGAGGAAGAUGUUCCCACUCUGCAGAAGACUCUGGAAAUGCUCAGUUUGUCAGAGUACGUGAGCACCUUCGAAAAGGAGCGCAUCGACAUGGAGUCUCUGCUCAUGUGUACAGUUGAUGACCUGAAGGAGAUGGGGAUACCUCUUGGACCAAGAAAGAAAAUAGCUAAUUUUGUAAAAGACAGAGCAGCCAAGCAGGAACAGAAGAAAGCAGUAGCAGAAAAGAAAGCAUUGCUGGCUGCCACACUCCAGACUCAAGAAGACACCCAGAAAUCAAAAGAGGCAGUUUCUCCUGUCUCACCUUCAGAGUCUGGGCAGAUGCACUCAAAGAGGAAGCUCCCAGUUGGUGCAUCUGUGUCUUCUGUGAACAUUGACUAUGAGUAUUUUGAAAUUGGAACUGGCCAGGUUUCUGUGGUUUACAGUGCACUGGACUUUGAACCAGAUAUUUUCUUUGCUCUUGGUUCCCCUAUUGGUGUGUUCCUUACUGUGAGGGGUGUGGAGAAGAUUGAUGAAAACUACAGACUCCCUACCUGCAAGGGGUUCUUCAAUAUCUAUCACCCACUUGAUCCAGUAGCUUACAGGUUAGAACCAAUGAUCAUUGAAGACCUGGAUUUAAAACCAGUUCUCAUUCCACAUCAUAAAGGCAGAAAAAGACUUCAUCUGGAGCUGAAAGACUCUCUGUCUCGUAUGGGAUCUGAUCUGAAGCAGGGCUUUAUCAGCUCUCUGAAGAGUGCAUGGCAGACCCUUAAUGAGUUUGCACGUGCUCAUACAUCUUCUACCCAGCUGCAAGCAGAGCUGGAGAAAGUAGCCAACCAAAUUAAAGAGGAGGAAGAAAAGCAAGUGGUGGAAGCUGAGAAGAUCACUGAAAGUGCAGACCCUCCAAAAGAUGAAGAUGUUUCAGUGAAGGUUGGGAUGCUGAAUGGAGGGCGUCGCAUUGAUUAUGUUCUACAAGAGAAACCAAUAGAAAGCUUCAAUGAGUACCUGUUUGCUUUGCAGAGUCACCUGUGCUACUGGGGAUCUGAAGACACUGCCCUGCUGUUUCUCAAAGAGAUAUACAGGACCAUGAAUAUCAAUCCUGAGCAGCCACAGCAUUGAUGUAUAAAAACAUGAAUUUCCAUACCCAUUGCUCCAGCAGACCUGGUGAAAACCCCUCUGAAGAACAUCUGGUAUUUUCAGAGUUGCAUAUGAGAGGAUAAACAUCCGAGGUUUUUUUCCUGCCAUUCCAGAACUUACUUGGAUUCUACCUUCUUGUGUCACUUCAAGCAAACUGAAGUUAUGAGAUGAUCAGGACUGUCAUUCAGGAGAUGGAUGGAAUGACACAGUUUUGAUCUUAAAUCAGCUCAAUUGUACCUUUGCCAAAUAUAAGGUGAUUGAAGAAGGUUUUUUUGGCAUGCAAAUCAUACCUUCUCUCCUUCAGCUCUCCUGUCUCAGCUGGCUGCCAGACAUGCUUUGCCUACCAAGGCAGCAUGUCCUCAGUAAAAAGGACUUGAUGAGAAGCAGCAAUAAUCUACUGUUCUUGACACAUUUGUUCAUGCCCCUUUAAGAAAUAAAAUGUGAACUGAAGUUAUAACCAUCUUUAAUACAGAUUACACAAACCAGUUCAUAUUUACUAAAAACUAGGAACCAGAAUAAUUUUCUUACUAUUGUAAGUGUGAUGGAGAUUAUUUUAUAAAGACCUUUUUAAGCCUCUGUUAAGAGUUUUAUUGUGGCUUUUUUUAAAGUAAAAAUGAACUUUUGACUUUGAAAAUAUUAGAAGUUUGUUACAGCUAGUUCAGUGUUCACAUAUCCUGAAAUGAGGAACGAUUUAAAAUGACAUUUUGAUCUGGUAAUUAUAGAAUCACAGACUAUUCUGAGUUAAUUAAGGCAAUUUUAGUGAAACUAGGCUGCAGUUAUGAGAAGUAAAACACUUACCUUGACCUUGCAGUUUAACAUCUCAGAACUGUUACUGUAAAUAGGAACCUGAAGUUUAUGGGUGCUAGAUAAUAAUCUAGAUCCAGCCCUGCAAUCCAGACUCCAUUUUCAUGUAAUGAGGUUGAGGUGAGUUAGGUAUUGUGAAACCCUUGGAAUUAAUGUCUCUGAGUACUGAGCUUCUGUAGCUUCAAUUUACACACACAUUGUGGCUUUCCUUAAUAUUAGUGGCUUAACCUUAUUCCUGACUAUUUGCCUCUGUUAUUGCAGUAAACAAAUUUUGAAAUGCAGUAUGUUUUUUUCCUUGAUAUAUGUAAAAUACACAUUAUUGUGUAUACAAAUUGAUGGCUGUAAUUAAAAUUACCUUACUUCCA